AUGAAUUUGGCCAAUGGGACUGUCAUUGAAGAAUUUGUUUUGCUGGGCUUUGGAGUUGACCAACAGAAGCGCUUCCUCCUCCUUAUUUUCUUCACCAUUCUCUAUGUGCUCACUUUGGCAGAAAACAUCCUCAUUAUUACACUUGUGCUUCUUGAUGGCCGCUUGGCCCGGUUGCCCAUGUACAUCUUGCUGGGCAACUUCUCCUGGCUGGAGAUGUGCUAUGUCACUGCUACAGUACCCCGUAUGCUCUUUGACCUAUCGUCUCAUCAUGGGAUCAUCUCCUUCCAUGCCUGCUUCCUCCAGUUCUAUGUUUUCUUCUCUCUUGGAAGCACUGAAUGCUUCUUUCUUACAACUAUGGCUUUGGAUCGCUAUCUGGCCAUUUGCCACCCACUGCAUUACCCACAAAUUAUGUCCCCAAAUGCCUGCUAUGCCUUGGUGGCCACUUGUUGGGUCUUAGGCUUUUUGUGGUACCUUCUUCCUGUCUUUCAGAUCUUCGAGUUGUCUUUCUGUGGCCCCAACAUCAUUGACCAUUUUUUGUGUGAUCCUGGUCCAAUUCUGUCCUUGGCUUGCCCUCCUCUGGGAAAUGCUCCUCGUGUGUGCCAGAUAUUCAUGAAUGUUCUAGUUUUAGGCAAUGUCUUCUUUGUUGUGCUAUCCUAUAGUGUUGUGAUUCUCACUCUGAUGAAACCCUCUUACCAAGGCUCACGUAAGAAGGCCUUCUCCACCAUAUCUUUCCAUCUAGUGGUUGUCACACUGUUUUAUGGCUCAGUGGGAGGGAUGUAUGUAACUCCAGAUGGAGAAAGCCAGUUGGAGGUCACAAAGGCAGUGACAGUCUUCUAUACUGCUAUUACACCUUUUCUUAAUCCUUUGAUCUAUUGUCUGAGGAAUGAUCAGGUGAAAGAGGCAAUAGGCAGGCAGCUGAGGAAAAGGGUGAUAAUUCUGAGGAGAAAAGUACGAGGGUAA